AUGCCUACCAUCGACUACCGACACGGCAUCGCCAUCCUGGAGGUUAUCGCUUUCUUCCCCUCCCUCUUCCUGGCUUUGCUGUUAGCCUGGCGCCAUGGCUUUGGUCGCAGCUCCGGCUGGUACUUCUUUAUCCUAUUCUCUAUCCUCAGAGUCGUUGGCAAUUGUUGCUAUUUAGCAACCAUCAACAAGUCUAGUGAUGGCCUAACCACUGCGUGGGCUAUAUGCAGCUCGAUUGGAAUAUCUCCACUGACAUUGGGUCUCAUAUAUAACGUGUCGCGAGUCAAUGACUCCAUCCAGCGAAACACCGGCAAAGGAUUCUCGCCACAAUUGUUCCGUUUGUGCGGGUUUAUCGCAAUCCUGGGUAUCAUCCUGAGCAUCGUUGGUAUUGAGAGCACCAGCAAUUUAACCGAGGGCAUGACAAACUCCAAAUUCAAAGCCGGUCUCAUUCUCUACCUCCUGGCAUGGGUCGCCUUGGUGGUUCUAAUUCUUAUGGCUUGGUCCCGCUACAGUAAAAUCGAGGCGGGUGAGCACCGCAUUCUUGGGGCUGUCGCUAUCUGCACCCCGCUCUUGUUGGUUCGCAUUAUCUACUCCAUCGUCAGCACAUUCGGCCAUUGGACAUAUAACCCUGAGGACCCGGAACAUAGCAUUCCUUUCAGCAUGUUCUUUGGCAACGUAACCAUCCAGCUGGUCAUGGCCGUGGUUGAGGAAAUCCUUAUCGUCUACAUCAUGCUUCUGACUGGAUUCACUCUGAGUACUAGGUUGAAGGCUGUUUACGAGCCUACUGAGCCAGAAGAGACUGGGGAAACCGGCCAUGGGCCUUAUGACCGCAACGACAAUUACGACAUGAUAUAUGCGGCUGGAAAUUAUUCUUCGCAGUCAAGAGUUGCACGAAAGCCGAAACGUCCGAUUCGCGGUGGUCCUAUUCACAUGCUGGUUGCUUAUACUGCCAAUAAAAUCGAUGAACGUCGUGAGCGUGAGGGAUAA